AUGUGCCCGGUUCAACCUAAGAUUCGACAUUUGCUGUGGAGGAUUUGUCAAGGUGUUCUCCCAUGUAACGAUAAUUUGAAGAAACGAGCAGUUCCAGUACUGAAUUGUUGCCCGCGAUGUGGAGAAGAGAACGAAACAGAUGUGCAUGCUUUAAAAGACUGUGUGGAAGUAAGGGGACUGUGGCUUUCCUCGCCCCUGGGUUUAAGAACAGACACAUUCCAACCUUCGUCAAUGGUGGAUUGGGUGUCAACAAUGUUUACGCUGCUGAAAGGAGAAGAGGUUCAGGAUUUUCUUACUUGCAUUUGGGUAGUAUGGAACGAUCGUAAUAAUAUCAUUUUUAAUAAUAAGCGUAGGCAUGCUUCUAUGUUGUUCCAUUGUGUUGCUGAGUUCCGAAGGAGAAAGGAGACUGGCCAGGCUGACCCCUGCCGUGUUGCAGCGUCGAAGAAGUGGGAAGCCCCGCCGGUGAAUGUGGUUAAAAUCAACUCUGAUGCAACAUUAGUUAUCCAGAAAAACCUGUCUGUGGCAGCUGCAGUGUGUCGCGAUUAUGCAGGAAAGGUGGUUAAAUGCGGAGUGAAGAUUUUGCAUGGCAUUGUGGAUGUUGAAGUGGCGGAAACUCAUGGUAUUCUCUUAGGGAUGCAGCUGAUGGAAGAUUUCCAGGGACGGCAGAUUGUGGUGGAAUCUGAUGCGCUCAAUGUUAUUCACCGUUUGCAGCAGCCUGGGGUAGCUAUAGACCACACUCAGCUCAUCGUUGAAGACUGUCUUGACUUAGCUAAGGAUAGAGAGGUGGUGUUUCGACACAUUCAGAGAAACGGUAAUGUAGUUUCCCACGCCCUUGCUAAAUGGGGUGUUUUCUUCGGAAAAGAUAGAUUAUUUAUCGGUGAAAUUCCUUUCCCGGUCAAUGAGCUUGUAUCGUUUAUUUCUUAA